GAGAGGCGCGCAGUAAUAAGCUACAGAGUUUGAUUUGGCCUCUGCAUGCCUCCAGAAACUCUGCAAUUGCGUCACACCCUCCGUCCACAAUUGCGGAUCAAGCAUAAAUGGGCUUUUUAAGGCGUCCUACGUGAGCUCGUGCGGAUAGGAAGAUGGAUGAGGAAACAUGCAGGGUGAGGUCGGGGAACACCCUGGAACGCCGUCAUCGGAUGACAUAAAACGGCACUAUAUCAGGUGGACCCUGUCGUCUUAAAUUAUUCAUAUGUUUUCACUGCUGCGCACCAACGUGCAGGUAAAUCGUCAAGACUACGAGCUAUGAUUUGGACGAUACUUUUGAUUGUCCAGGGAAUCCUUAUCUUAUUCAUACUUGUUUCGAAACGCUCUAGGUCAGAGAAAGAGCCACCUUUAGACAAAGGAGUUAUUCCCUGGUUAGGCCAUGCCCUUGAGUUUGGAAGAGAUGCUUCCAAGUUCCUAACCCGUAUGAAGGUGAAGCAUGGUGAUAUCUUCACGGUGCGUGUGGCUGGACGUUAUGUGACAGUGCUGCUGGACCCCAGCUCUUAUGAUGCUGUGAUAGAGGACUCUGUGUCCCUGGACUUCACACGCUAUGCACAGGUUCUCAUGGACAGGAUCUUUAGCCUGCGGCUCCCCAAUCACAACCCUGCUGUAGAGAAGGCCAUGAUGAAACAGCACUUUGAGGGGGAGAGCCUGUCCUGCCUGACCAGCACUAUGCACUGCCAUCUCCAGUCCCUGCUGCUGCAAGCCCAGAGGCCCUGUCACAACCAGACUGACUGGAACACGGAUGGGCUCUUCAGCUUCUGUUACAGUCUUCUCUUCAGGGUCUUCUUCACACAAGGGGACCGCUGCUGUGCAAUGAAAAUGUUCUGGGACGUGAGGGCAGGGUACCUCACACAUUUCGAAGGGGAGCAGAAAAGUAACAGAAGAGACCCCAUUGCCGUUUACGCGGAGUACCGGAAGUUUGACAACCUCCUGACCAAAAUGGCCAGGACCAUGCUAAAACCAGAGGAGAAGAGGACUGCCCACAGUGUACGGGUGCGUCUGUGGGAUCUGUUGGCCCCGGUGGGGCUGGGUGAGAGCUCGGGGUCCAGCACCUGGCUGAGAUGCUACAGGCACCUUCUGCAGGAGGAGGGAGCUGACGAGGAGACACAGAGGAGAGCCCUGCUGCUGCAGCUCUGGGCCACACAGGGUAACGUUGGACCUGCUGCAUUCUGGCUCUUGGGUUUCCUGUUGACCAAUCCUGAGGCCAUGAGGGCGGUGAAGAAGGAGUUCAGCAAGAUCUCAGGGCAGGACUCAGCACAGUGUCCCCUACUAGACAGGCUACAGCACACACCUGUGUUUGACAGUGCCUUAGAGGAGACGCUGAGGCUCAGUGCUGCCCCCUUCAUUACCAGAGAGGUAGUACAGGCAAAGACCCUGCACAUGGCCGAUGGGCAGGAGUACAAACUCAGGAGUGGGGACCGAGUGUGUCUGUUCCCAUUCAUAAGCCCUCAGAUGGACCCUGAGAUCCACCAGGAACCACAAAGAUUCAAGUAUGACCGCUUCCUCAACCAGGAAGGUUCUGUGAAGAAGGACUUCUUUAAAGGAGGGAGACGGCUCAAGUACUACACCAUGCCAUGGGGCGCGGGCACCAAUGGCUGUGUGGGCAAACGCUUUGCUAUCAGCUCAAUCAGACAGUUUGUGUACCUGGUGCUGUCUCAUCUAGAACUGGAGCUGUGCGAUCCAGAGGCUCAGAUGCCAGAGGUGAACUCCAGUCGCUAUGGGUUUGGAAUGUUGCAGCCCGAAGGAGACCUGGCCAUCAGAUAUAAACCUAGACGGUCACAUUGAAGACAGAGACGGGUGCGGAGAUCUCUCAAACCAGACGUCAAUUUAUUCUCAUUUCAAAGUGUUUGACAUAUGGCAAUAUAAAGUCUUGUAUGUAUUUAUGUACCAACACAAAUGUACAGUGUAAUGUUAUUGUGCUAUUUAUCUUGAAUUAUAAUUUGUAUAUUUCACUUUAAAGUGUUUGUUUUUGUUCUUCACUAUUUUGUUUAUACAAUAUGCUGUAUCAAUGAUUAGCUUGGCUCAAUAAUACCAGCCCCAUGUGUUUAAAGUGCUUUCCAUAUAAACUCUUGCCCCACCUAAUUGCAAUUAUAUAUAUUUUUUUUUAAAUGUUCACAACAAAUUUGGAGCUUAUCCCAGUGAUUAAUUGGUGUCAUAAAUCCCCUCCAGUCUCAUGACAGUUGUGUCCAUUGCAUCAGAGAACUAUUUGGUAGAUGCUUUGAGAGUAAUGGGGUGGCUGGCCACUCUUUAAACAGAGCGAACCACACAUUCGUCACACUGACAUUGCCCUGCUGGUCGGAGGCAGAGUGAAUGGAAAGUUUAGAUUUAUAUGUCAUUUGAAAAUAAUUAAUAGCCCAGUUGACCAAUAAGAGUUGGCCUACUUUUUAGUCACUCUUUACAUUACUGAGUCCAUAUCCCCCUAACAGGUUUCCCAACAGCAUAACAUUGAGUGGUAAGCUUAUGCAUGUACAAAGAGGUUGCAAUUGUAAAGCAUGAUGUAUAUAAACCCUGGCUUGCUGAAGCAAUGUAUUGCCCAUUGAGAGGCUUUGGAAACCACUGGUCGGCCAUAUUGGCACUCUCAAGUAGGAGCAGUCCUCCAUAGGAAUGAAUGGAAUUCUACAGUAUUUUAAUUAAAAGGACAAAAUGACAUGUAUUUAAGUAUUUGUUUGUUGUAGUGGGGACAGUAACAUUGGUACUCUCUAAAGAAAAUACAUUAAGGAAAAUGUUUUUACAUUUUUUCCCUUUUUUAAAAAUGUUUAGUUCAUGUAAUAUCAUUUCAAAGAAUGCAUUAAGUCUGUAAUAUAAUAAAGGUGUCAAAAACGAAUGUAGACAUUAAUAAAUGCAUUUCUAUUGCUUCCAAAAUCUUUUUUUUACAAUUGAGGAGGAGUACCAAGAUAACUGUGUGGUUUCUUCAAUAAAGCGCCCACUGUCAGUCA